AUGUCUGUCAAAAUUAAUAACGCUGCUGCUGGAUUCCUACGAGAGAGAAUAACAACAGGCCAACAACUAAUAACAAACAGCCCACAACUAGGGAUGUCUGGAGCACAAACUGUCUCAGCGGAAGUGAGCAUUGAUAAAUCGCGAGUGGUGGCGUGGUCUAACGCAAGUGAGUGUCUCGUAAAAAUGGAAAACAAAGCAAAAAAAGGCAAACUGUGGCACCGAAUAAAAUUCAGGAACCAAGUCUCCCCGUCCAUCGCGCCCCUGGCCAGCGACAGCUUGCGGCAGUUCGCCAUGGAGCUCAAGCGCCGCCACCGCGUCAUGCUCUACAUGAACCGCGUCGUCAAGAAGAAGAAGUCCGAGGAGCGCGGCGCUAAAGUGGGCCCCCUGUUCGCCGCCGCCUCCACCGACGACGACAUCCGCCAGUCCUGCCUGCGCUGCCCCUCCACGGCCAUGUCGCGCUUCCAGGAGCGCGAUAUCCUGCGGAAGGUGGCGGCCCGGGGGCUGGAGCUGCGAUAUCCGGCCCUGCUCGACGCCAUCAUGGCCGAGGCCCGCGAGGAGUUCCUUUCGGCGACGCAGCAGGCGGGAAUCGAAAUGAAAUUACGCUCGGUCGAGAGGCGGUUUCAAAUUCACCCGUACAAGCAUCUGGGGAAGACCGACAAUUACCCGGUCUUCCUUCAAAGGCGGAAGGAAUUAAAAAGCAAGUUUAUUUUGCACCACCCACUGAUUAGGCGGAUUCUGGGGGAAUGCGUGACGAAGCUGCCGUACGAACUGUUGAAUCUAGGGGCGUCGUUGCGUAGUCGACUGGACACAGACGACUUCCAGAAGCACAUCUUCGAUUACGCCAACGACGCGGCGCAGAGGCUACAGGAGUUCUACAGGAACAUUGUGGGGUUGGUGGAGCACGAGAGGAUGAGUCCGGGGCAAGCCGCCAGUCACCUAGGGGCGUGCACCGGGUUGUUGUCAGUCAAUAUUAGUAGGACCAUAGCACACACCUUGCUACACGUGGCGACCUUCACAGGCUCCAAAGAACAAUUUUCGUACCUAAAGCUAACCAUCACGUUCGAGGACCGGCUAAUAUUAUCACCCACAGCUGAAGAAGUCAUCGACAUCUACAGCAAGUUUUUGAGAAAAAUCAUAGACGGCGCCCGCCAGUUCUACGUUUUGGAAAAGUACAAGCUAAAGGGUUUCGAUAACAAACAAAUCUACCUGUGUUUGACCGAAGAGUUCUUUGAUUCUGUCCUAGCAAGAAUCGCCUGUAACAUCAAGGAAAAGUACAAGCCAAUUUUAGCAUACAUUGACAAGCUAGACAGCGAGUUUGUCGAUAUUUACGAAGAUCUUUGUUCCAGAGGUAGCACCAUUGCCACAAGCGACUUAAUUUUUAAAGACGGUUGCAAGAAACUUCUUUAUUUUAAGUCAUAUUUGCCUAAAGUGGCGUUCAUUCCAGACAACGCGUACUUCACGAUCGGACAACUAAUCAUAACCGAGUAUCGAGAAGUGUUAAAGCAAACUUUACUCACUAUUGUAGACAACAUUUUUGCUAAUUUAAGCGCGCAGCACGAAUGGGAGAAUACCGAUAUUUGCGAAGCGUUCGAUAUUAUUUACGUGAGGGCGACUCAAAAACCUAUAACGACGGAGGAGGUGAUCGAGAUCGGUAAGUACAUGGCUUGGGUGAGAAGCGAGUAUUUGGACGAGUUGAAAGAGAGGGUGGUAAAGGCUUUGGCUUAUCUUACGAAAUUAAUCCAAUUAGGACCUUUGAACGAAAAUCAUAUAAUAAUAAACGCGAAAGCGAUUAAUUGGCUCGAUGAAAUUUUGCCAAUUUUGGAAGAAAACAGUACCAACUAUGAGCAGCUGAAAUUCGAGGCUGAGGAAAAAUUGCAGAGGGUCAUCGAGGAUAUUAACGUCGACAUCAAAGAUGUGUAUCCUUUGUUGGACAUUUUAGACUCGAUGGAUAAUAUAGAGAAUGUGCGGAGUUACUUGAACACUAUCACGCUACACAUGGUGAAAAUAAAAAAAAUCGAAAGUAAAAUCGACUGGAUAAACAAAGAGGAAGUUUCGCUGAACUUUCCGAAGUCUUCGUACGCGGAAUUCGAGGAGCUUAAAAAUUACGUUUAUCCUUUCUAUCAUUUAUUAAAAUUAUGCUUGGACGUGCAGAGAAAUUUAUCGGUGUGGUUAGAUGGACAAUUUGAUUUAAUAAUUUACGAGAAAGUUAAGGCAACCGUCGAAAAAUAUUAUAAGGAGCUCUUGAGAACUCAAAAAGUUUACAGAAACAAACUCCGACAAGCGCAAGACGAGAAUUUAUCUUUACGAUUUAAAGGAACUGUUGAUGACCCUGAUAUGCUAAAUUGGCCGGCUCCUUUAAAAUUAUGUUCCAAAGCAAUUAAGUUAAUUCAAGAUUUCGAGCCUUCUCUGGCUGUAAUAAAAAUAAUGUGUAAUGAAGCGUUAAUGAAAAGGCAUUGGCAAAAAAUGUCGAAAGUUGCCGGCUUCGAUAUUACGCCGAACGCUGGAACUACAUUAAGAAAAAUUAUUCAGAUCGAUCUCAAACCUGAUAUCGACAAGUACGAAUUGAUCAGUUUUUCGGCAACUAAAGAGAGAGAGUUAUUAGAGAAUUUGGAACAGAUGCUUCGCGAGUGGGCGGAUGUUAAUUUCAAGAUAGAAGAUCGCAAAGACAUUAAAAUAAUUAUACAGCUGGAAGACAUCGAAGUCGUAGCUGACGAUCACAUAAUUAAAGUAAUAAACAUGCUAAACUCGAUUUACGUCAAACCGUACGACGACCGAGUCAAAGACUUUUACAACAAAUUGCUACGAAUCACUAAAACAGUCCAAGAAUGCAGGCAAGCGCAGCAACAAUGGCUUCAUUUUUUCCCCUUAUUCCUCUGCCACGAAAUCACGACUCAAAUCAGCGCCGAGACGGAAAUAUUCGAACAAAUUACGAACACUUACACAAAUUACGUCGAAAUGAUUCAUGUAGACCCCAACGUGUACGCGACCGUCGACAAUACGAACAUCCUGCCAGACCUCCUCGACUGCAAUCGCCAAUUCGAGCUAAUUAAUCGAGGAGUUAACCGGUAUUUCGACAAAAUUCGAACGUAUUUCCCCCGUUUCUAUUUCGUUUCUAACGAAGAAAUGUUUAGCAUUUUAUCGCUAACCGAAGACCCGACUCGGAUUCGCACUUUCAUCAAAAGUUUAUUCUAUGAAAUAAGAGACUUGCGAUUCGACGAGAACUUCACCAUCUUAGGAAUUGUAAGCGAAAAUGACGAAAUUCUACACUUAACUCGAGCUAUCGAAACGCAAAAAUUUCAUGGCUGCGUAGAAAUGUGGUUAAAGGAGUUGGCAAAUCAAAUCGGGGAAUCGAUUCGACGAAUGAUACAAGAAGCAGUCAAAAAUCACAAUCAAGAACGCUGGAUAUUACAAUGGCCCUGCCAAAUUUUACUCGCUGUUACGAAAAUUAUUUUCACUCUCGACGGAAUAGACGCCAUAAACAACAACACUCUCAGCCCCUACCGAACGCAAAUUCACAACCAAACGGAAAACGUCGUUAAGAUUAUCAAAUCGAACGAAAUCACCAACACCGCCAGAUCGAACAUAAGCUCCGUACUCGUGACGAUGAGCAACAACAAAGACAUCGUAACGAAACUAAUAACGGAGAACGUCACAAGCGACCAAGAUUUCAGAUGGUUAGUCCAGCUGCGAUAUCACCUGACGGACGAAGGUGCCUGCGUCGUCGCAACACUAGACAAUCGUCUCAAUUACGGGUACGAAUACCUGGGAAACGGCGAAAACAUCGUGGUCACCCCAGAAACAGAAAGAUGCUACCAAGCACUAAUGCUAGCCCACAAAUAUUGCCUCUGUGCCAACGUUCAAGGUCCCACAGCAACCGGAAAGACCGAAACCAUCAAAGGAUUAGCCAAAGCUGUAGCUGUUUUUUGCACCUUCUUCUACUGCUCCCCAAACGUAAAAUUUCAAGUAAUUUUCGAAUUUCUCAAAGGAGUAGCUUCCAGUGGUUGUUGGCUAGUUCUCGAAAAGCUAGACGAAGUUCAACUGGAAGUCAGUUCAAUCCUGUCACAAGAAAUUGCCAAAGUGUCAACAGCCCUCAGAGGUGGUCUAAACCAAAUCGUCUUAAAUUCAACAGAAAUACCACUGCAGAAGUGCUUCAUUGCAUGUACAAUGAAAAACCGCUGUCAUUUUCCAGAGAAUUUUCGAGUUUUAUUUCGCCCGAUAGUACUCACCGUACCAGAUCGCCUAAUCAUCACACAAGUCAAAUUAUUGUCAUUUGGUUAUCACCAGUGGGAAGACCUAGGAAAACGCAUCGCCACCACCUACCAACUAAUGGAAGACAUGCUCCACUUCUCCAAACUAGACUACAGCAUAAGCUCCAUCCAACAAAUUUUGACCAAGUGUGCCAACUUUGUCACCAGUGAUUCAAACGAAGAAACCACCAUCUACAACUGUCUUCGUCAACAAACCACUCCAAAAUUAACCUCCACUGAACUAACAGUGUUUGAAAAUAUUUUGCUACAACUUUUUCCAACCUCGGCAUGCCAACCCCAAAGCACCACCAACGAAACUAUAGCCACGAUUUGUCAAAACCUGAAUCUAGACGCCAAUAGUAACUUUAUUGGAAAAAUCGAAGAAAUGCAGCUGUCAAUGAAAACCAAAAAAGGAAUAAUGACAGUAGGACCAACCUUCACAGGAAAAACAACCUCACUUCGCGUUUUGCGCGAACUACUCCUCAGUGACAAAAAAAUCGACAUCAAGAUCAUUUGCCCGAAAACGUUAACCCUGAAGCAACUUUACGGAGGACUUGAUGACAAUCAACAGUGGUGCGAUGGCAUAAUUACCAAGUACGUCAGAGAAGAUAGUGCGGACGAAGACUGGAUUAUCCUUGACGGUAGUGCGGAUGCGCUUUGGACAGAAGAACUAACCUCGUUGUUAGACGAUAACUACAAACUUUGUCUAUCAUCGGGCGAAGUCCUACAUUUAAAACACACCAAGACGGUUAUUUUUGAAGUUGAACAUCUAAAUCAAGCGUCUCCUGCUAUGAUUUGGCGUUGUCGGAUUAUUUACAUGGGUCCGGACACCAUUGGGUGGAAGCCGUUGUUGCAAUCGUGGCUCCACGGCACUGAUUUCGAAUGGCAAAAAGGAUUCGAAGACAACUUCACCGUUUUGUUCCACUGGGUGGUUCCCCCGUGCUUGGAGUUCGUCAAAACGGAUUGUCAACAGUUGUGUCAAGUUAACGAAAACGGGUUAGUUAAAACCACGAUUCAGAUUCUUGAAAUGUUGUUAAUUGAGGCCUAUGACGCCAUUUUAAAGAAAGAAGAGGAUGUCAAAAAUUUCUCGUCUUGGAUUCAGGCGAGUUUCAUCCAAGCGGUUAUAUGGGGUAUAGGGGCCAAUCUGGAUUUUGAUUCGCGUUCAAAGUUUGACGAGUUUUUCAAACAGUUGUGGAAAGGUCAAAAUAAAAACUAUCCCUAUCCGGCUAGUCUGGAAAAAGUCGAAGUUAGUGUCCCCAUUGAGGAGAAAAUUUUUGAUCAUAGUUACUUGUACAAGUCGAAGGGUAACUGGAAAUUUUGGCCCGACGUUUUAAAAAAUGAAAAAGUAGAAGAGUGUGAGUAUUUGUUAGAAAUUUUUGUGCCCACGAACGAGACUAUUAAGUAUGCAACCAUCAUUAAUAUGCACAUUACUUAUAAUUACCCUCUGCUCUUAGUUGGACCAUCAGGGACUGGAAAAAGUUCGUGCAUGUUAGAUAUUGUAAUGAACAAAUUAAAUAAAACGUUAUACGAACCUACUUUUUUGACUUUCACGUCUAGUGUUACCGCGAAUCAAACUCAAGAAAUGAUUUUGUCGAAACUGUAUAAAAACAAAGCCGGACGAUACGGUCCAACGGAAGGAAAAAAAUCCAUUCUCUAUAUUGACGAUUUCGGUGUACCUUGUACCGACGAAUUCGGAACCCGAUCAAGUUUGGAUCUAAUCCGGGAACUGUUCGACCACCAAAAGUGGUACAACUUGGAAAACUUCAAACCGCUUUAUAUUGACAACGUGAACCUUGUAGCCACGAUGACCACAACUUUCGGGGACCAAAAUAUGUGCCAAAGACUACUCCGACAUUUCAACGUUUUAUCCAUCACCGAGCUACCCGAAGAAAGCAUUUUGCGCAUCUUCUCCAACGCCCUUCUAACCCAAUGGAAAAAAAUUGGCUUUCCGAGCGACAUCAUGGGAACUGUCAACCAAAUCGUCUCAGCUACCUACCACUUCUACAAGUCCAUCCUCAACCUAAAACCAACCCUCAACUGCAACUUUUACUACUUCAACAUGAAAAACUUCGCUAGGGUUAUACAAGUUUGCUCACUCAUCCGCAAGGAAAGUGCUGACACUAACAAGAAGCUUUUUUUUAAGUUGUGGACGCACGAAAUGAUUCGCGUUUUGGGUGACCGGUUACAAAAAAAAGACAAACCUUGGCUGUUUGACAACAUCAAGUUCUGCAUCGACGAACACUUUAAAGAAGAGUUUGUCCAUUUGUUCGAGAAUUUGCCAAAAGAUGACAAUGGUGAGCCGGAUUUGACGAAAUUGUUGUUUGGGACGUUCACAGAUAAAGCGUCUGGACGGUUUGACGAAACGGAUGUUGACAAACUCAGAGAAAUUGCCACGUCGUGUGUGAAAGAUACCAACACUGAUCCAGUUCUUUUUGGACAUGCUUUGGAACACUUGUCAAAAAUCUGCCGCAUAUUGUCAAUACCGUGUUGUAAUUUAAUUCAAGUGGGGAUGUGUGGAACGGGUCGCCAAACCUUAGUGAAACUAGCUUGUUUGAUUUAUGAACAAAGUUUUUUCAAAGUGAGUAUGAGGGAGAACUACUCGGGUGACGACUGGCACAGAACUGUUAAAUCGUUUCUUAAGGAAGCGGGCGGAUAUGGAAAACCGUGCACGUUCUUUCUGAAAGAAGAGCAAAUCGUGCAAGAUAUAAUCCUAGACGACUUAGACUACUUGUUGAAAACCGGGCAAAUACCCUUCCUGUAUUCGUUAGAAGAAAAACAAGAGAUUUUAGACGUCGUACGAGAUAGUAUGCAAGAAGAAACCUCAAGUAUCUCCGGAGAUUCAGAAUCUAUUUUUUUGUAUUACCACAAACGUUGCAAGGAAAAUCUUCAUAUUGUAAUUUCGUUCAAUCCAACCAACGCAAAAUUUAGACAAUAUUUGAAAAUGUAUCCUUCCUUGCGCAAUUUUUGCGAAAUUAACUAUCUAGGUAAAUGGCCCCCUGAAGCUCUCGAGAGCAUUACGCAAGCAUGGAUGGAAGAUUUGAACAUUGCCAAAGAAAUCAAAACGAAAGUUGUCACUUCCUUUAGUUACUUCCACAAGCAAGCGGAGAAAAUUUCGGACGGUGUCCACGUAACCAUUGGUUCUUACUUGGAGUUUAUCAAACUCUACGUCAAAUUGGUGGUUUACAAGCAAAAAAAGAUCACCGACGUCAAACAACGCUAUUUGGCUGCUUUAGAAAAACUAUCUUUUGCUGCAUUUCAAAUAUCAGAAAUGCAAAAAUCUUUAGCUGAUUAUCAACCUCAAUUAGAAGCUAUGACGGUGCAAGCAGUCGAAAUGGCCAAACAAAUAGAAACAGAAACCAUAGAAGUGGAAAAAGCGUCUGACCUUGUUAAAAAAGAUGAAGAAAUAGCAAACGAGCAAGCAGCUGCUGCUCAAGUUUUGAAACUAGAUUGUGAAGCCGAUUUAGCUCAAGCUAUUCCAAUUUUAGAAGAUGCUAUUUCAGCUUUGAAUACUCUUAAACCUACUGAUAUCACUCUAGUUAAGUCAAUGAAAAACCCUCCAGAUGCUAUCAAACUAGUAAUGGCUGCUGUCUGUGUAAUUAAGGAUGUCAAACCCGACCGAAUCCCGGAUCCUUCAACAGGUCGCAAAACCAUAGACUAUUGGGGACCAAGCAAGCGAAUCUUGGGUGACAUGAACUUCCUCCAAACCCUCAAAGACUUCGACAAAGACAACAUCAAGCCAGAAAUCAUGGUCAAAAUUCGCAAGGACUACCUCCCGCAUAAAGACUUCAAACCCCACAUUGUGGCCAAAGCAUCAAGUGCUGCUGAAGGUUUAUGCAAGUGGAUCAUCGCCAUGGACAUGUACGACAAAGUAGCCAAAGAAGUGGCACCAAAAAAGGAAAAAUUAGAGAAAGCGGAGCGAGAAUACGGAGCUACGAUGUCCAUCCUCAACGAAAAAAAGGAACAAGUCACCCGAAUUGAGCAAAAACUAGCAGAUUUGAACGCUUUGCUUAGAGAAGCUACGCGUAAGCAGCAGAAAUUGCAACGUGAUGUGGAUAUUUGCAAGAAGAAGCUGAAUCGAGCGCAGAAGUUGAUUGGGGGUUUGAGCGAAGAAAAAAUUCGGUGGACGAAUGCAGUGGAGCAACUGCUGAAGCAGUAUGAACGGUUGCCUGGGGAUAUUCUACUAUCGAGUGCCUUCGUGGCUUAUCUUGGACCGUUUCGGACUCCGGAUAGAAAGGUGACUUUGGAAACGUGGCUUAAUCAUGUUCGGGACAACGAGAUUCCGUUUAAGGAGGAUUAUUCGUUUGCUGAGACGUUCGAGAAGGAUGUGGAUUUUGACAAGUGGCACUUGAAUGGUCUACCAAAUGACCACUACUUUGUUGAAAAUGGAAUCAUCGGAAGGUUUUCCCAGCGGUGGUCUUUGUACAUCGACCCUCAGAACCAAGCGACUAACUGGAUAAAAGUGAGCGAAAAACAGAACGGGAUUAAAGUGACGAAGUUCUCGUGCCCGAAUUAUAUUGACACCCUCAAACAAUGUAUCACUUCUGGAACACCUCUUUUGAUUGAAAGUGUCGGUGAAAGCAUCCAACCGUUUUUGAUGAAUUUGGUUACAAGAAGUACAUUUCGUCAAGACGAUCGUGACUACUUAGACAUAGGAGGUCACGUUGUCGCUUAUAAUAAGGACUUCAUGCUAUACUUGACCACGAACUUAAAAUAUCCAACGUACAGUCCUGAAAUGUACGACAAAAUCACUAUAAUCGAUUUUGGAAUGAACCGAGAGUCUCUAGAAGACCAUCUUCUCACUUGUGUGGUAGAAGUGGAAAAACCCACUCUCAAAAAAGUCAAAAAAACGAUUAACACGGAACGAAAACGUAACAAAGAUGCCCUCAAUAACAUAGAAGAACGAAUUUUGAAAACUCUCUCCGAAUCCAAGACCGACAUUCUAGAAGACGAGCUUGCUCUCGAAAUCCUUGAUAAAUCGAAAAUUUUGUCAAAAGAUAUCCAAAAGAAGCAAAAGACGCUAGUUGAAAUGGAAGGACCUCUCAAGGAGUUCCGAUCGGGUUAUGAAAGUGUGGCACAACACUCCACAAACCUAUACUUUACUACGUAUCAACUGACAAAAAUCAACUACAUGUAUCAAUUUUCCUACAACUGGUACAUCGAAACGUACUCGGAAUCAAUACAAAAGGCCCAUAAAUUUAAAGAACUACCACGACGACGUGCGAGUUUGAUAGAUACGUUAACCUACGAACUGUAUUGUAAAAUUUGUAGGUCAAUAUUCGAACAAGAUAAGUUGUUUUUUUCGUUUCUUUUAUGCACAAAUUUGCUGUUGUCGGAAGGCAAAGUUUCCAUAGAGGAAGUAGAGGCUUUGGUACAACCAAGCAACGGAACAAUGGAGAGUCAAAAAGGACCCGAUUGGCUACCACACAAAUCCUGGACCAAACUCCACACCAUCCAAAAUAUAGAAAUUUACCAAAACUUUGCGCAAUUCGUUAUCGACAAUGACGACGAUUUUCGCAAAAUUUUCGACAGUAAAGCUCCCGAAGAAGAGACAUUUCCAGAACCCUACAACAGUUGCUUUCGAAAAUUGAUGAUCAUUAGUUUCCUAAGACCGGAUAGAGUAUUCAGGGGUAUCUAUAACUUUGUAAAACAAGAAUUGGGGGUUCGUUUUGUCAAACCACCGCUUUUUGACAUCACUUCGUCUUUCAUUGAAUCUUACAUCCUGUCGCCUUUAAUCUUCAUUCUAAAACCCGGCUCUGACCCAGUCAAUUCAUUGACCAGUUUUGCCAAAACCAAGAACUUCCAUAACAAGUUUAUAAUAAUGUCAGUCAGGGAUGGCCGGGAACAAGAAUUCGAAGACUUAAUAGAAAAAGGGAAGGAGUUAGGUUUGUGGAUUUGUUUGCAAAAUUGUCACCUACUCAGCAGCUGGCUUCCCCUCCUCGAUUUAAAACUAGAAGAAAUAGACUAUAGUAACACUCACGAGAACUUCAGGCUGUGGCUAACUACUAACGAAACAAACGCAUUCCCGAUUUCGUUGUUGGAACGAAGCGUCAAAAUCACCAAAGAGUCGCCUCAAGGUAUACAAAACAAGAUGCUCAACUUAUUUUUGAACAACCCAGUGAGUUCGCCAAGUUUUUACACGAACUGUCCCGGGAAACACGAAGCUUUCAUUCGUUUGAUGUAUAGUGUGGCAUUUUUGCACUGUAUUGUGCAAGAACGACACAAGUAUGGUCCGUAUGGUUGGAACGUACCUUAUAGUUUUAAUGAAGACGACUUUUGUCUUUCGGUUUAUGAGUUACAAUCGAUUAUCAAUAAUCGCUCUGAUCCUUGUCAGGAAAUUAUAUAUUUGGUGGAGAAGUGUAGCUAUGGGGGAUAUAUAACAAACCAAAUGGAUUGCAGACUUUUUGGAGUAAUAGUGCGCGAUUAUUUGAGAUUAUGCAACGACUUUCACAUACAUGGUUUCACAGUACCUGUUAAAAUCGACCAUCAAGACUGCAUCAACCACAUUGUGAAACUACCGGAAUUGGAUGAGUGUGAGACGUUCGGGUUGCACGAGAAUUAUGAAAGUGUUCGAGAAACGAAACAUUCUCGACUAAUAUUACAAUCGAUUAAAAUUACCUUCAAUGACACUAUUAUCAACAAAAAAGUGUUAAACGUGUCAGAUAUGAUUCAAGAUUUGUUGUCACAGCUCCCUGAAGAGUUUGCACUUCACGAAAAACCCAAUAUGGCUGACAUCAUGGCGCUUAUAAUUCUACACGAACUGAAAAGCUACAACUGGUUGUUGAGAACUAUAAAAAAGUCUCUCACCGAUCUAGACAAAAUUAUUAACGAAAGUUUGAUAAUGACCGACCAGUAUGAAAAAAUACACACUUCAAUUUCCAACAACGAAGUUCCUGCUAGUUGGUCGCGAGAGACGUACGAGAACUCUUAUAGUUUGUCCAAUUUUAUGAAAGACUUAAUUGCGAGAAUCGACUAUUUCAGAAAAUUUGAAUACUCCGUGAAACAAAUUAUAUGGUUGGGUUGCUUUUUUCAACCGAAAGCUCUUCUAGUAACUAUAAAGUUGCUGCAUAGUAAAGAACGGGACAUUCCGGUCGAUGAAAUAAUUUUCCAGUUCGAAAAGGUCAAAGAUAUCGAACUUGAAAACAGUAUUUUAGUUGAUGGUUUAUAUUUAAUUGGAGCGAGUUGGAAUGAGCAAACUCAAAGUCUGGAGGAACUCCCUUCUAAAGUUGUUCACCAAAGAUUGCCUUUAGUUUCGUUUGUUUUUAAAAACAAGUUCGCUAAUUUGUACGAGUGUGCAUUAUAUAAAUGUAUCAACUGUGUUUACAGCGGGUCUUCAAAUCCUAUAUCGCGAGUGUUUAUCAAAACAGAACAUGAAGCGGAACACUGGAUCAAGCGAGGUGCAGCUCUUUUAUGCCAAACUUGA